GAGUUGGAUGCUGAACACUGUCCCCAAAAGUGUGGUGCAUCCUUGGUGCUGCUAGUAGCAGUUUGUGAGUGAGUCUCGUAUCUGCAUCACUGUCGGUCGCGUAUUUUUGAGCUAGAGUGGUUGCAUGGGAGGUUAACGUCAAAGUUAGAUUAGGCAGUUUAUGGCACAGUAAUAAUAAUUAUGUGAUCUGAUACCUAUCUAAAUUUUAAGUGAACGCGGCUGGAACGGAUUUCUUUCUUAAAUUGUGUUCACUAGCAUGGGCGGUUUUGGUGAUAUAACAAUAGACCGUUGGCUGUAAACGACACUGGGAAGAGAUUUUUCCCACGGAUAGGUCAAGUGAUGUAAGAACGUAUUUGUCAAAAAGUGAACGUGUUUCUAGUGCUAUCCCACUCACGCAGCAGUCGAGAUCAAUCGUCGAAAACAAUAUUUCUUUCGAAUAAGAGUGUCACUAAAAAACUAGGAGAAUAGAGUCAAACAUCAGAGUGCUUCAGCAUCCACCCAUCGGGUGUCUAGCAGCUGGUAUUUCAUUGUGUGUUUGUUAAGGGAGUUCGAAAGUGCGCACUGUGGGCUAUGUAUUAGUAUCCUGGCUAGAGAAUUACGGGUCAGGUUUGAGCGCGCCCGAAAGUCUGCUCAAAUCGGGCGUGUAUGAAUCAGUUUGCCCGAGAUCCUCGCCGCAGUUGGACGGCUUGCUAAGAACCAAUACCCAUGGAGGGUGUCUGUCAGGGUUGGAACCAGAAACAAAUAAAACAAAGAUAUAAUGGUUGAUAGUAGUGAUUAAUAUUUCUUGACUAAACCUGCUGCCAAGUUACGUGCAGAUUUUUGACUAUGUCUAGAUGCAGUUUUCGAACGACAGUAAAAUUGAUGUGAAGACUUUCUGCUCGUUUCUUAGAUUGUUAGCUGUAAAACCAAGUUACCAAGCGUAAAAGAGUUCGCGUGUGUUGGUCUCAUUACGGUGGAAUUAAAAAAUUGUUUAAACCCGGAAAAGCGCUACCAGAUAGCAACAACUACACACAAGUUGGCUAAUGUUAGCUGCGUGAUUUUCAUCGCCACUGUGUUGCAGGUAUAUGGGGUUAAAGUUGGAUGCAUGCAAAAUUAGAAUACCAAAUAUCUUGAGCUGUGCAAGCAGAAAGUGAAGUUAUAGUAAAGGAGAAUUCAACACGCAAGUAGCCACAAGUUAUGCAGUGGUAAAUUGCAUCCCCUUAUCACGGACGGCGUAACCGAAGUUGAAAGGAUAUAAUAUUUGGAGUGGAACGUGUGGUAUGGUGUAAGAAAAUUUGAUUUUUUAAAAUUGUGCAUGAUAAUACAGAAGAGUGAAUUUGCAGACCCAAGCACACACAAGGGAUUAUGAACGCUAUUGGUAAGCGUUUGGGUGCGGAUAAAAGUGUACCAUUUUGUUCUAUGUCGAUUCUAACAUUGGAGUCCUAGUUCGGCAGCUUAUAAAGGAAAUUGAAUGUGCAUAGUUACCAGUGCUAGUGUUUUUUUCAUGUUCGAUCAUCAACACAACAAACUAAUUGAUAUUUGUGCUACUGGUUAAAAUAUCCAUGGACGAUUGAGGUACACCUUAUUGAAGUUGACCUCAUCUUGGCUGAAGCCAAACAAUAACAAUAUAUUAUUCGUUUGGGAUUACAUGUUUCAGGAUUUAUAAAAAACCAUGAGCGUUUCUUGACCGGAAAUUGCUUUUUCCCACCAUCACCCGACCGACCUAACGCAAAUCGGCCCUACUGUGGGAAAUAUACACGACAUUAGAAUUGCGGCAAGCUGAAGCUUUCCAUACCAAUUUCUCUUCCUUUCUCCAUCAACAAUAGCAUCAGCACCGUUAUUAAAAUUGCUGUUGAUCGAUUUUGUCGAACGGCGACAAAAAAUUUCGUCAAAAUUGUCUCCAUACGGCAUCCCGGCGACGGUGGUGGUGGUGGAGGUGACGCUUGGCGGUGGAGGUGUGCGUCACCACGGACAGAAGCAUCACAGCCCAGUGCAACGACAACCGUAGUAGCUGCUGUACGCAGUGGACCCCGUGGUUUCUCGAGGAAAAACAACGCUGGCUGUAACGCAGGGAGAUGAGAUGAGGCUGCUACACAGCGUUAGUUUCAUUAUAUUCGCUGCCGUUUCAGUUUCCAUGUAUAUUCUACCCCUAGUAUGCGCUGGAAAUCCUGAUGCAAAACGACUCUACGAUGACCUACUCAGCAACUAUAACAAAUUAGUUCGACCGGUUGUUAACGUUACAGAUGCACUGACCGUAAAGAUUAAACUCAAACUAUCGCAGUUAAUUGAUGUGAAUCUGAAAAACCAAAUUAUGACCACAAACCUGUGGGUCGAACAGACGUGGUACGACUACAAGUUAAAGUGGGAACCAAAGGAAUAUGGCGGGGUGGAGAUGCUGCACGUUCCUUCCGAUCACAUCUGGCGGCCUGACAUUGUGCUGUACAACAAUGCGGACGGUAACUUUGAGGUGACGCUAGCUACAAAAGCCACCCUCAACUACACUGGGCGUGUUGAGUGGCGACCGCCUGCCAUUUACAAAAGUUCCUGCGAGAUCGACGUGGAAUAUUUUCCUUUCGACGAACAAACUUGCGUAAUGAAGUUCGGCAGCUGGACAUACGAUGGAUUUCAAGUUGAUCUCCGUCACAUCGACGAAGUAAACGAUACCAAUGUUGUGGAGAUUGGUGUGGAUUUGUCGGAGUUUUACACGUCGGUUGAAUGGGAUAUCCUGGAAGUUCCUGCAGUUAGAAAUGAAAAAUUCUACACAUGUUGUGAUGAACCGUAUCUCGAUAUCACUUUCAACAUUACGAUGCGUCGCAAAACGUUGUUUUAUACCGUAAAUUUAAUUAUUCCUUGCAUGGGGAUCAGUUUCCUAACGAUACUGGUGUUCUACCUGCCGUCAGAUAGUGGGGAAAAGGUAUCGUUAAGCAUAUCCAUCCUGCUCUCGUUGACUGUGUUUUUCCUGCUGCUGGCGGAAAUCAUUCCACCGACAUCGUUGGUGGUGCCACUACUGGGGAAAUUUGUGCUGUUCACCAUGAUCCUCGAUACGUUCAGCAUAUGCGUCACCGUGAUUGUGCUGAAUAUCCACUUUCGCUCGCCCCAGACGCACACAAUGGCAUCGUGGGUCCGAACCAUCUUCAUUAACCAUUUGCCAAAACUGUUGGUGAUGCGCCGUCCAAUCUACCAACCGUUACACCAUUUUAGUGCCGCUUCGCAAAGAUUCAUGUUGCGUUCGUGCAACGGAAUGGGGGACAACAUCCCGCCACUGCCACCAACAAUUGCAUUUGAUCCUUCGGUGCUCCUUGAUCACCAUUUGCUAGAUUCUAGUGACAGCAUUAAUACAUGUCGACUGCACGGUAGUCCAACGCACCACCCGCACGGCCAUCAUGGAGCUGGAAGUGGAGGACAUCACCAUCAUUAUCAUCAUGGGAUGCGCGGAAUUAACCUGAUGGAUGACCUAACACUGCCCUAUCAAGAUCACAACCAUCACAAUUCCCCGAUGUCACCGAUCAACGUAAAUCUUCUAUCGUCGGUCAGUACGGCGGUUCCUAUUCCGCAGCAGACUGUAACAGCAACUACCGGUGGUCUGUCAAGUGCCGGCGCAGCCCUACUUGAUCCUCACAGUACCUUCCAGACAAGUCUGGCAGGUGGUAUUGGCGUUAGCAGCGGAACGAGUAAAACUAGCACAAAUGUGAUAAUAAACACUGCAACUAACACUACUACUAGGAGUAAUCUAAGCUGUUGUAAUAAUCUUUUCCUCGACGAUGGUCGAACUGGUUUAGAUAGUGGCGUUCAAAUAACGAACAAUAACGGAGUGGGUGGAGGUGCCAUUCACACAUCAACUGCCGUGCCAAGUGUGCCGAUUAUCAACACCACAGACAGCGGUCUUUUCGGAAGUGGUGUCGUCUGCAGUGGUGGCGCCGAUGGCAAAGAUAUAACAGCGCGACAUCGAUGGUUAACAUGUCCCGAGCUGCAUAAAGCAAUGGACGGUGUCACGUAUAUUGCUGACCACACUCGAAAGGAGGAAGAAAGCACCAGAGUAAAAGAAGACUGGAAGUUUGUGGCGAUGGUGCUGGAUCGUCUUUUCUUGUGGAUAUUCACAAUAGCGGUCGUAUUCGGAACGGCAGGUAUAAUUCUGCAAGCACCUACGCUCUAUGACACCCGUAUGCCGAUCGAUAUUAAAAUGUCGGAAAUCGCGACGACCACGGCAAAACCAUAUAUCGCAAAGCCGGUGCUAUAAUCAAAUACUGCCCAUCAAGUGCCGGCAGCGAAAGACGAAUCCACAGAUUUCGGUAGUCACCUAGUCGGUUGAUCACAAACGACGAUUGUUUCCUGAAUGUGACGGAAAUUUUAGUAAAAGCUACGUGAUAUCCUGAUACCUAUUUGUAUGUCGAAGAAGAUGGAAAUGGAAAUAAUCAUCAAGAGAAACAUCACCCGACAAGGAAAGUAAAACGAAGAAUGCGCAGCAUUUUUGGUUUUAGACAUGGGAACCCACCUAGUUUAGGUGGGUUGUAGCACAAUAACGUAAAGCUCGUUUUGUUUCUAUUGUUUAUUAAGAAUACUGAAUCGUUUCACAAGUGUUCAAUGUUUAACACAAUAUCGUUUCGUGUUUGUUUUGAGAAGAUUCAAAAAGUUAUAUUAUAUGUGUCGAAAACUUAUGAUUAUAUUGGUCGUGUUGAUAGAGUGGAUAAUCAUGUGAUACAACUAUACGAUACUAAACUUUAUUUGUUUUAUAGGGUUUAAAGUCGUUUAAAUAUUUGCUUUUGGAUUUAGUCAAUACGGCAAAAUCAUUUUAUUUAUGAUCGUGAGAUAUUCUCACUAACUUUUAGAUUGAUUUUACCAAAGUUACUUUUAAUUUUUUUUUUUGCAAUCACUGAGCGUUAGUGUCAUAUUACACAACAUCCAAUGUGUAGAAAUUUAUUGUUACUAAACACCUCGAUUGAAAAAUGAAUAGAUCUUAUAAAUCUAUGAAAAUUACAAAAACAAAUUUACGUUCUAAUGAUGUGCCUUAAUACGUCCUCUUUUGGAACUUGUAUAAUUGGGUAACCUUUCCAAGUUGCAUAUCAAUCACUAUGGAUUUGAUCUGAACCUAUUUCAACUAUUUUGUUACGAUUGAAAAAUUUAGGUGUUAAUCUGUUUUCAUCGCAUGUGGAAGCGUACCCCCAGACUGUUUGACCGAAGGUCUCAACGGUCCGUGCUGUUUUUUUUUUCGUUACAGGAAAGUGCUGCCAGCGUAUAUCUACAAGUAGUAAAGUAAUAACUAUGCAUUUUCGUUCAACAAAUCAAACUGCAGAAUCAAAUGCGUAUCAAAUCGCAGUUAGAAAUAUGUUAUUAAAUUACAUUUUUGCUAUAAAUCAAUAAACCUAUUUUUAGUAGCUGAUACCGUUUUGUCCAAUGACAAAAACUUAACGAUUAAAAAGCAGACCGAUAUUUUAUAUGUAAUAAAGUUUGUGCUAAUUAUAGUGGCAGUUGAUGAGUAAUAAGUAUUGAAACUAUAAAAGAUUAAUAGACACACGUGUUUAUUUGCCACACUAUAUGCAUAUUGGCCUCUUGAUUGAAAUAUACUAUAAAAAAACCAACAAAGAAUAUCAAAUGUCAAUAUUUGUGAUCACUUGUAGAAAUAAAACUUGGUAUGCCUGCAUAUCCUAACAAUCUCAAUACUAAAACCUACUAGUUAUCCACUCUUUAAACAACACGGCCUUUAAUAUUCUAUUUGCAAGUCUAAUUAUUAUUAUUAUUCGUACACAAUGUGAAUCACAGAAAGAAAACAAAAAAGAAAAACAAAUGUAAGUACUCGAAGAGUCAUGCUACAAUGUUUCAUGUUAUCUCCCUCCAUCGGGAGCAGCUCAAAUUGUCUUUUGACCACAGGUUAGUAGAAAUUAAACCAAUUGCAUUUGUGGAGACUCAUAAUGGCAGCAUGUUUUACCUUGUUCUUCGCACAAUACAAGUCAUAAUCCAUCAAAAUAAACGUAUUCAACCACCCGGAUUACAGUAGAAUUUGAAUCAUCAACCGGCGGGUCGAUCUUGAGUCUCAAUUAGGAAAACGAAUAAAUCAAGCGUAGUUAAAGACUUAACGAAAUCAAUCUAAUGCUCUAAUACUUUUAUCUAUAACUAUCGACACGUUUUUCCACUCACUCCCUCACUCACCUAGGUAUAAACGUACAAUGAUUGCAAGUUUCCGCAAUUGAAUCACAAUAUCCAUUCACUAGUGCAUACAGGCUGCUCGAAAGCUCUCAUUCAUAAUUGCAUGAAAACAUAUUUUCACUUCAUUCUUCACUUUAUUGACUCUUGAAAAAUGGCCACGAAAUAGAAAAAGUUUUUAUUAGGGAAAAUUAAAAAAACUAAAAUUAAAUAGGAGAAACAAGUAUUUGCAUGAUUUUUAUAGUCGACAAAUAAAAGUACCCAUAAAACUAAGGACAAACAUUGAAAUAAAAGGUAAACUUUAAAUGGAAACAAAACACUAUUUAAAUAUUUUAUUUUUUAUGCGAAUCAACUGAACAGAGUACUAUAAAGUAAUAAUAAAUUAAAAGGGAAGAAAAUACGUUUAUAUACAUAGCUAUAAUAAACCAAAUUACCAGAUAUCGAUUUAAGCAGAGAUUAUAACAACAAUAAAAAACACGACACAACAACAAACACAAGAGAAAAACGAACGUAAAUAAUUUUAAGAUAGACAAGAUUUGUUUUAUGAAGUUUUUGUACAAUUUUACUCGAGCACGUGAAUCGAUUUUGGAAAACUUAAACGUUUGAUAUCUAACUAACGAAAAGCAAACUCGAACGUGACAUACGGCGAACAUUAGUGAGAAAGAACUGGCCUGUUAUUGUUCUAUUACUGUUAUUAUUGCUAUCACUGGAUCCUCCAGCAUGCGCCCCUUUCGUCCUCACAAUCUCUUUUUGUCUCAUAAAUCGUGCAUGCCGAAGCGGAAAUUGUUUACUACAGCAGUAAAAAAAAAGACUCAGCACGAAAGUUAAAUCUGGGAUAGACAAUUAGUAGGUAGUAGGAAAGGGACACGGCAGGACUCCCGUUUAGCCGGUAGGACAUUGAUGAUGAUUGAUUAUGCAAAAAGCACUUAAAUUACUUCCAUCAUGGGCGGCAAGUGGAUAAGGGUACAACGCACGGAAUUGUCAAUCCUCUUGCCACUGCAGCUUGUGGCUGACUUUAGCCGAGCGGUGUAAAUGGGUAAUAACGAAAAAAAUCAAUCCAUACAGAAGAGAAGAUAUAGUCGAAAAAAACUUUUUUGGUAAAAAUUUUAGCAAACGUUAGGGGCGAAAAGAACAAUGUAUGCAAAAAAGAAAAAGGAUAAGUGAUUUUAUUGUAAUUGAGCGAAAAUAAAAAAAUAUAUAGAAAUUGAAAUAAAAGAGCCUGUGAAAUAAA